AUGUAUACAUCUAUCUAUCUAUCUAUCUAUCUAUCUAUCUAUCUAUCUAUCUAUCUAUCGUUUGUGCUCUCCAGUGCAGCACCAAAUAAAUAUUCUUCAACAAUAUUUCUAUUCUUCUCUUUUUCUUUCUUUUUUCUUUUUUUCUCUUUUUCUUGCUUUUACGUCCUUUCUCUUUUUUUUAAUUCCUUUUCUUGCAUGUUCUUUUCUCUUUCUUAUCCUCUUUUCUUUACUUUUUCUUUUUUUCAUGCUUUGUCUUCUUUUCUUUUUUCGUCCCUUUUUUUUUCUCUUUCUUAUUUUUUUUUAAAUUUCUUCUUUCUUUCCCUUAUCUUUUUCCCUCUUGAAUUUCCUUCCUUUGUUUUUUUUUUCCUCUCUCUAUUUCAUCCCAAACUGUCAUUUUUUUUCUUUUUAUUUCUCUUUUGUCUUUCAUUUCCUAUAAUUCCUAUGCUUUUUUCUUUCUUUUUCUCUCUCUUUCUUUCUUCAUACUUUCUUUCAUUUCUCUUUUUUCUUCUUCUUCUCCCCGACCCCGUUUUUCUCCUUUCUAUUUUUUCUUCUUAA